CUUGCGUACCUUCUUUCUUUGACACCGCCAAAAAAGUCAAGUCAAACGGUAACGGUCUCCCUUUCUCCUAUUCCGAAAUAAAAAGUCAAGUCAAACAGCAAUUCAUAAACCAUGCAGUGUGUCAUUCCAUUCAAAGUUCUAACGACUUGAACUCAAUAUCAAAUGUCAAAUUGAAAGCUUCGCUCAUUGAAGUUAGAAGGGAGAUGCGCGAAUCCCAUGUUAAAAUUUGUUGUUCAAACUUCAAAGUUAGCUGUAUGCCUGUAUCAUAAAAAAAAACAAUACUAAAAAAGUCAACUGUCGUUACCAAUUAUUUAAGGUACUACAUUUUCCAUGCUAGCCGCCGACGGCCAGCAGCCAGCCGCCACCAUAUGACUAUUCAUCGCGCAUGUUUAUAAAAGGUUACUCGUCGGAAGGACGCUUAAAAUCAAGCAAGUUCCAACAAUACUGUUAUACAUAGCUAAGGUAAAUGCAUUUUCAUGUCCUUUCUGUCUUUCUAAUGCAGUUUCCAUCCAUUAUAUAUGUGGUGUGUUUAACUGAGCAAGUGUUGAACUUGUGCAGGAAGGAAAGAAACGUUAACCUUAAGAGUUCAAAAAUGCAAGUGUCGGUGAUAUCGACGGAAAGCAUCAGACCAUGGUCAUCAUCAGCAGGAAGAGACAACGAAUUCAAACCAUUCAAGCUAUGCCUACUCGAUCAGCUCAUGUUCUCCACUCACGCUCCAGUCGUCCUCUUCUACCCCAUGAAGGAGGCCCAUCAUCCUGACGAGAAAAUGGUUGCUAGGUGGCUGAAAGAGUCCUUGUCCAAGACCUUGAAUCCCUUCUAUCCUGUAGCCGGGAGAGUGAAAGACAACCUCGUCAUCCACGACUUCGAAAAGGGCGUCCCCUUCACCGAAGCCCGAGUGAAGGGACACAGUCUGUCUGAUGUCCUGACCUCACCACGUGGGGGCGGUGGACCCAAGUUGGAGUUCCUCAACAACUUGCUCCCAUUCGAGCCAUUCUGUCAGGGACACGAGAAUGUUGCAUCGGGUUCCCACGCACAAGUAUCUGUGCAACUCAACACAUUUGACUGUGGUGGGAUCGCGAUUGGGAUCAACCUGUACCACAAGCUCAUGGACGGGGCAACCACCAGCGCGUUCCUCCACACCUGGGGAGCCAACUGCAGCAAUGAUCCUCAGCUGAAGAAGCAACCCGAGCUACACAAAGCAUCCUCGGUUUUCCCUCCCAGCUACUCGAUCCCUAUCGAGUCCCAGACAUUCUCGGACAGGAUGUUGUUCGAGGAUGUGGGAGGACGACGACGACGACAGGGUGCCUCGAGGAGAUUCGUGUUCGAUGAGAAGGCUAUUGCGAUACUAAGAACCAAGGCGGGGCUCAGCGUCCUUCAUCCGACUCGUCUUGAAGCUCUGUCCGCUUUCAUUUGGGAAUCGGCCCUUAGGGCAACGGCUGCUGCGGGUGAUGCGCAACAGCUGAUGUUUCUCAUGCAGGGUGUUAACAUGAGGCAACUAAUGAGCCCGCGCUUGUCCAAGCACUCCCUAGGAAACCUCGUGGCCACGGCGAUGGCGUCUUGCGUGGAUAGCUCCAACAGAUCGAUGGAGGAGCUGGUGAGGCUUAUAAGAGAUGGGAAUCUAAGGGUGGAUGAGAACUACCUCAACGUUAUCUCCGGCGACCAAGGUUUCCCGGCCAUGAUGCAAGGGCAGAAGUUUUUGCAAGAGAUAACAAGAGGGUUUUCACGAAAAACCCUAGCUUGUUCGAGUUGGGUUGGGUUUGGUUUCAAUAAUUUUGACUUCGGUUGGGGGAAGCCUAUCUGGUCCGGUUUGUUUGGAGACCCUAGUGGAGAACAUCCUUUUAUGAACAAUACCAUAAUUUUCAAGGAGGUGGCGGCUCGAGGGCAUGGAAGCUCGAAAGCCAUAGAGGCAUGGAUAAGGCUAGAUGAAGAUGUCAUGGCUCGUCUUGAACACGAUCCUCACUUCACCCAAUAUGCUUCCCCAAAUCCACCCAUCAUUCUUGAUUGAUCAUAAACUACCUAUACCAUUCUCCAUGCGAGAAAUUCCGAAUUUGACCUUGUACGUACUCGUAAUCUUUGAACCUAUCUUCUUUUCGCUUUCGUUAUUACCAAAACUAUAUGGGGGGAAAUUUUGAUCAAUCAUCAGACAGCUAGCUGAUGUGAUGAUCACUACAUAAAUGUAAUCAUUUAAUGGUUUAUCUUGAAUAAUGGAUGCCGCCUUUGUAUUAGCCACCUCUAAUCACAACUGCCAUCAUUGCAUUGAGAAAAGGAGAGGGCCAAGCAAGUUUUCUGCUCAAAUACACCUAUUGUCUAAACAUUAUUAUUGUAUUCAAGUUGGAACUUAUGAUUUCAUUUUAUGUUUGUGAUUAUUAACUCACUGUAAAAAUAAUUAAUUUUAUGUGUUUUCAUUAUUAACGAAUAUUAUUUUUAUUAUUAUCAUUGCACGUUUAAUUACCAGCUUGGCUUGUUGAAAUAUUUGACGCUCCAUUUGUGUUCAUUAUUAAGCUAAAUUGAUUCUCAUUUUCUUCAGUACCAUCAAUGUAUUAUGUAUGUAAGCUAAACUUCAUUGAGAUCUCCCAAUAGAAGAAGAAAAAAAAGUCUUCUCUGAGAAAAAUAAAAGCUCAUGUCUCUCUCUAACGUUGGAAUUCUAGAGAGGAAAGUGUUGUGAAAAUUGAAAAGGAAAGUUUAAAAAAGUGUUAUAAUUACCGCCGAACGUAAUUUAAUAACACAAUUUAAGGCGUGAGUUUCGGUAUAAAAAUCUGGCCUGCAAAAUUCGAUUGUAUCAUCGUGUAUCAUCAUAUCACGAUAAUACAAUCAUAUUUUGUAGGGUUUUGCAUGCAGGGUUUUUCUAUCCUAGCUGCUCCCAUAUUUUAAUUAAAAAUUAAGAAAUAAAAAGCGCCUAAUGGUAUAAGGGGUCCAGUGGGGAGUGGGCCGGUAUACCGUACGCUUCCUGUAGACCAUGCGGAUCACCGUCCGCAUACUUGCUGGGACGCGAUCCCGACCGUUGAAUCCUCGCCUCUCGAUGCGUCUAUUCAUCUUUUCCAUCUUUUCUCCUACCUAGGCCGAGUUCCACUCUCUUUUCCACCCACCGACCCCAUCAAUCAGUUUUGCCUCUCCGUCGAUUCCCUGGAGGCUGGCCAAGUUGGAGCUAUGGCCGGAGAUGGAUAGCCAGAGAACCGAAGUCAGAACGCCAAUCCCUUACCGAAUCUCCUGAUUACCUUUAAGUGCUUCCCCGCCAAUUAAUACCACAAAUUAAAUCCCAAGACCUUCAUUAGUUUAAUCCCAACUUGUGAUCUCAAGGGGAACUGCAUUGAUUACCCAGAUCCACAAAUGAGAGAUACUGUCUACAUGAUAAUAAGAACUGAAGCUUCGUCCAUUGAUGAACUGUACGUACCAUUUUUUAUGUUUUCCUCUAGCUAGAAAACAAUCAUUAUAUAUACCGUACGUAUACAAUACAUAUCCUGUUUGUAAAGCAUAAAGUACUGGACGUGCAUUUUCAUGCUAUUGAAAGUUUCCCAAGUCCCCAAAAGCACAGCUAAUCAAUUCAGAUUUAAGCUAUCUUCCACGACUUUCAUUAAGAAUAUAGCUCAGCAAGUUGCAUGCAUGUGAGGUUGUGGGUAUAAAUUAAAUGAGAUCGAUCAGCAGCUGGUAGAUAGAUGGCUAUAUAUAUAGACACAGUACUUCAUAUUGGUUGUGGAUCAGUCAAUAGACUAAAAAUUGUUCAUAAUAAAAGAUGGUGUGCUUUCAAAAUAAACUAAAAAUUGUUCAUAAUAAGAUUGAUGAAUAAUGUCAAUUGAUUGGCAGCUGACAGCUAGAUGGCAAUAUAUACACAGUACUACAUCUUGAUUGUGGAUUAGUUAAUAGAGAUACAAUUGCAGG